UGAAGCGUUAAAUGAAACCGGACCGCACGUCAAAAGCGGGUUCUUGACGGGUCACGAAUAUAAGCCACAAGGCAAAGCAGCGACGGGAACAAAAGAAGUCGGCGGCGAUGUCUGCAACUCUUCUUGAAAAGUGAAAGCUGAAUCAGAUUCUUCUCACCAAAACCUUUAUCGAAAGUUGUACUCUAUCAACUUGCAGGUCGUGGAAGAGGAGAAAGGUUCCAGAAAUUUAAUCCGAAGUGCUCCACAGCCAUGGGGAAGAAACAGCACAGCAAAGAUCGAAUGUUCAUAACGAAGACAGAGUGGGCCACCGAGUGGGGCGGCGCAAAAUCUAAAGAAACCGGGACCUCCUUCAAACGCCUCCCCUUUUAUUGCUGCGCUCUAGCUUUUACGCCAUUCGAAGACCCUGUUUGCACAGCUGAUGGCACCGUUUUCGAUAUUAUGAAUAUAAUUCCAUACAUUAGGAAAUUUGGGAAGCAUCCGGCUACUGGAGCUCCGCUUAAGCAGGAGGACUUGAUACCGCUUACUUUUCACAAGAAUCCCGAAGGAGAGUAUCAUUGCCCUGUGCUGGACAAGGUUUUCACAGAAUUUACACAUAUAGUUGCUGUGAAAACUACAGGAAAUGUGUUCUGUUAUGAGGCAAUCAAAGAAUUGAACCUCAAAACUAAGAACUGGAAGGAGCUUCUCACUGAUGAACCAUUCACCAGGGAAGACAUUAUAACCAUUCAGAAUCCCAAUGCACUUGAUAGCAAGGUUCUCUUGGAUUUUGAUCAUGUCAAAAAAAAUUUAAAAGUUGAUGAUGAAGAACUAAAGAAAAUGGAGUCUGAUCACACUUAUAACAUAAAUGUUAGUGGGGAUAUUAAGCAAAUGCUUAAGGAGCUUGGCACUGAAAGAGGAAAGGAGAUUGCAUUACAUGGUGGAGGUGGAAACAAGGCUCAAAAUGAAAGAGCUGUUGCUCUUGCUGCCAUUUUGGCUGCAAGAUCACGUAUUAAGGAGGACACAGAAUCAAAGAGUGGCGAGAAGCCCAAGCAGGCAUUCAGUAUAGUAGAUGCUGCCUCUGCUGCAGUUCAUGGAAGAAGUGCCAAUUCUGCGAAGUCUGAUUCUAAUGAUAAAACGGCUGCACGAAUAGCCAUGCGCAUUGCUGGUGAGAGGACAGCUGUAAAUGCAAAGCUGGUUAAAAGUCGUUUCACAACUGGUGCCGCUUCAAGAUCUUUUACUUCUACAUCCUUCGACCCGGUCACGAAAAAUGAGUUUGAAUACAUAAAUGUUGAGAAAAAUCCUAAGAAGAAAGGCUAUAUUCGGCUGCAGACGACCCAUGGUGAUCUGAACAUUGAACUACAUUGUGAUAUUACUCCGAGGACAUGUGAAAACUUUAUCACUCUUUGUGAACGUGGUUAUUAUAAUGGAGUUGCUUUUCAUAGAAACAUAAGGAACUUCAUGCUUCAAGGCGACGAUCCAACUGGGACUGGGAAAGGAGGCGAGUCCAUAUGGGGGAAGCCCUUCAAAGAUGAAUUGAACUCUAAGUUACUUCAUUCUGGAAGGGGCGUUGUUAGCAUGGCAAACUCUGGUCCCCACACCAACGGCUCUCAAUUCUUUGUACUGUACAAAUCCGCAAAUCAUUUAAACUUCAAGCACACAGUUUUUGGUAUGGUUGUUGGAGGUUUGACAACACUUUCAGCAUUGGAAAAAGUCCCUGUUGAUGAUGAUGAUCGACCUUUGGAAGAGAUUAAGAUUGUCAAUGUAGAUGUCUAUGUCAAUCCGUACACAGAACCAGAUGAAGAGGAGGAGAAAGAGAAGGAGAAGGCCAGUAACGAGAAGAAUGCUGAGGAUGAAGAAAAUGAUAAGAUCGGUUCAUGGUACAGCAAUCCUGUUACAGGAACAACAGGGACUCCCGCUAUGGGUGAUGGCGUCGGAAAAUAUUUGAAAACAAGGAUUGGGCAGGUAUCAUCUAGCCCCAGUCUAGACAGUGAUAUGCCGGCAGGUCCUAUAGUAAAGAAAAGAAAGUUAGGCAUGCCAACUGGAGAACUCAAAGAUUUUUCUGCUUGGUAAGAUUUUCAAGUAUCCCAUAUCACUUGCUUAGAGUUUACUGUGACUGGUUUAGCCAAAGAGCGAGUGAUAUUAGAGGUUAGACCAUGAAAUUUUAGGCUAUACACGUAUUGGAUUUUACAGCGGGAAACCAACACGAGUUGCCUGUAGUUUCUUCGAUCUAUAAAAUUUUGUACAAUUUGGUCGCACCAGGAUUUUACAGUUGGCUUUGCAGUGUAAAUUAACUUCUAUUUCUUUUAAUUUUAGAGGUGUAUUUUUUUUUUCUUCACCACCCCUCUCCAUUAGAUGUUUUUAUUAUCAAUGUAAAUUAUUCUCUCUAGUAGUAAGAGUGAAUCCUUAUCGGUUAAUUGAGAUGGAUUCAAGUUGCAUUGCCA